AUGCCCCGCGCCAAGAAAGAAACCCAAGCCGAGAUUACACAACGCACCAUGGAAGAGAUGCAGACACAAAUUGCUCAACUUACUCAAGCAAUGCAAGGUCUGUUAGUUCAACGUAAUGCCGCCGCACCAGUAGAAGAACAAGACGAUGAACAGUCUGAUCACGAUGACGAUGCACACCCAUUCGCAGUUCUUGGAGAAAAUCGACAAAGAGCUCAACCAGCUCAACUUAACGAGCGAUGGGAUCAGAGCUUUAAAUUCGAAAUACCAGAUUUCCAUGGUAGCCAGGUCGCGGAAGAUCUCCUUGACUGGAUCGCCACAGUGGACGAAAUCUUGGAAUUUAAGCAUGUUCCGCUUGACCAAUGCGUCUCUGUCCUAGCAAUGCGGUUUCGAAGCAGAUCAACCGCUUGGUGGACUCAACUUAAAGCAUCCAGACUUCGUUUAGGCAAACCUAAAAUUGAGUCAUGGGAAAAAUUGAAGAAACACAUACGCAAGAUGUUCUUACCAUAUAACUAUGAUCAGCUAAUGUUUCAACGUUUACAACACCUUCGUCAAGGAAGCUGCACAGUGGAAGAAUAUGCAACUGAGUUCUUCUUGUUACUAAACAGGAUCGAUAUUCAUGAUUCAUACAUGCAACUCGUUGCCCGCUUCAUCGGUGGCUUGCGUCAACAGAUUCAAUACACAUUGAAUUUGUUUAACCCGCUCACAUUAUCUGAAGCUCAUCAACAGGCCUUAAUAGUCGAAGCACAGAGCAAGACAGGUUCCACACCUUGGAACUUGACUCGACAGCAGCGAACGACCCCGACUCCAUCAACAACUACUCCACCAACACUCGCUACCCCAACCGAAACAGCCAUCGUUCCAGUUGAUACAACAACACGUCCAGCUCGUACUGGAAAUUUACGUUGCUUUGCUUGCGGAGAACUCGGUCAUCGCCAAGCAAAUUGCCCAACCCGCAACAAACGAGGCCUUUUACUUGACUCGUCUGGUCGCGACGUCGAACUUGAAGAUGAUGACGAUGUUCUAGAUGACGAUCAUGAAGAAUUAAUAGCAGAGACUGGAGUUUCGCUAAUGUUAUGA